UCGUAGUAGUUCGGAGGUUCGGAUAUCGUCGUGAGACAUAGCAUUUAAAUGCAACAUGGCUUCCAGUGACCUGUCACUAGAAGAAAUUCGCGAAUAUUUUUUAAUAAAAGGUGGUACAGUGGCUAACCGUGAAGUGGUGAAGCAUUUUAAGAAGCAUCUGACCGACCCUGUGACUAAAGAUGAUGCGCGCGUCAAAUUCAAAAAAUAUAUCAACACCCUUGCUACUACGCGAACCGAUGGUACUGAAAAGUUCUUAACAUUGCGACCCCAAUACAUUGGAUCUGCUUCUCCUUCUUAUCAGUCCGUGGGUAUCCCUAGACCACAGAUCAUGCCCACUUCACCGACUUAUUCGAUGAAAGAUUUUCAUGCAACUUCUCCUUCAUCGUCACCAGUGAGACAACCACCCCCUUAUCGUCCUCCUCCUCCUGUCACGUCAUCGCCAAGCAUUUCUCUGGACAACGUGUCCAUGUGUUCUUCGAACGUGUCCCUUCAGGACGUGAUGGGCACCCCGCAAGCACCCCCUAGAAAUCGUAGUAGAACCAGUAUCCGAAGCGAUAGUCAGGAAAGUUUUGAUAAAAAAUUAGAUAAAGAACGGUCCGCUGAGGAGGACAAAGAGAACGUUGAUAAAAAGCCCAUUAGUGUUAAAGAACGUACUCAAAAGUUUAAUCGGUUAGCGUCAGUGGAGGAUGAGCUUAGUCCGAGGCAGCAGAAGGAAAGAAAGCGUAAUCAAGAGAGGGGGGCCGACGAGGAUGACGGCGCUUCGGUCACUUCGUUAGAUCAGAAGAAGUGCACGGAAUGGCUUGUAACUGCAGCGAAGGGCGACUACCAGGACUUGGCCAAGCUGGCGACGGACGAACCGCGCCUCGUUAAAUUAAGGGACCCGUUCACGGUACGUAGUUUAGGUGAUGCCAUCGUAUCAUCAUCAAUCAUUUUUGACGGUUUUUAACUGUUUUUUUCGAGACCCUGAGGUCCCUUCCUGCCACAUCUUUUACAUCUUGAUCCUUCAGAAAGUGGAAAAUUCAGGAUUUAAAGACGCUAAGUACAAUCCUCUUGAUGUAAUCAAUUUACGUGUUUUUUUUUUUUAUUGAAUCCUGUUUAUGAACGUUAACUACAAAAUCAUGUUAUUUUUCUAUGAGAAGGAGGUAACCUGUUAAUACGUUUAAGUUAGAAACAGUCGCAAAUUA